AUGAUAGUCAAACAAGCUAAUUUGAUUGCUAUUCAACAAGAUUCACUUUAUAAUAAACUUUCUUCAAAUGAUCUUUGUACUAUGUUUGAUGAAUUUCUUAUUGAAUUUGAACGAAUGGAAAAAAGUGGUGUAACAACAACAAAUAUGUUUUUAGAUGCUGUAGAAGAAAUAGUUGAUGCUGUACUAUCAAUUUUACCUUAUAAAUUACAUGAUCGAAAAGUGCUUUCUCAUCCACUUAUGCAUUUUCUACAUCAAAUACUUAUUACUCUAUUAGAUAAUUGGUGUGUGUCACAUUUAUCUUUAAACAUACAAGAAAUAGAUAUAUUUCUUAAGAUUACACUUAUUUUUGUUCAUAUUGCCGAACAAGCAGCUGUAGAUAAUACUGAUAAAGAGAAAGAGAAUAUGAAAUAUAUAUUAUCAACAAAAGAAUUUUUAUUCAAAAUACACGAACAAAUUGAAGAUAGUCUUCUGAAUGUAAAAGUUCUUAUUAAUGAUCAUAAAAUAUGUGCAUUAGCUUUAUUAACUUUAAAGUUAUUACGUGGAUAUCCUUUUUAUUAUACUGUAGAAAAAAAUCAAUCCUUGAGUUAUUAUUUAGUCAUCGAUUGGCUUCAUUCAUACGAUUUGGUCCAAGCAGCGAAUCGACUUGAACACAGUAAACUACUUCCUGUUAUCGAACAUUAUCUUCUUUUCAUUUGUUGGGAAUAUUUGUGUUCUACGUGUUUGGUCAAACAAGAUUAUUCAACUCAAAUCACUUCAAUGAAUAUUAUUCAAUCUAUUUGCGAUAAACUUCUAACACAUUUCGAACAUGCUCUUGAUCGACCACCACCUCUUACAUUUCCUAGUCUUUCUUAUAUUUUCAAACGAUAUCAACAACUUCUCAACGUUCCCCAACUGCCUUCUGUCGAUAAACAUGCAACAAAUAUUAUUGAUCGUUUAAUCAAAAUUCUACAAAGUCCAUCAUCAAAUAAUCCUGAUGAUGAUGCAUUGAUUAUUCUUGCUUUAGAAACAUUCUAUAAUUUAUCGAAAAAUUCUGACAUUCGUGCUAUUAUGAAAAAACUACAUUUAACAUCUCUCUUCAAAAAAUAUACACCUAUUGAAAUGGUAUUAGGUAAAAUUCUUCUACUGAUGUAA